ACGUCUCCCGUGAAAGUGUCUCCGCCCCUCCUAGCCUCCUCGUAGCCUCAUACCGCGUGGUCCUCUACCGCACAACACAUCUACCAUGGCUGCUACACACGGCGUAGUCCUGGCUCUGGCGCUCGUAUCUGCUGUGGUCAGCCAGGAGUUCAAAUGCCCAGACAAAGAUGGUUACUACCCAGACCCGGUCCAGUGCGAUCUCUACUACCACUGCUACAGAGGAGAAAUAGAAGAGAAGCUGUGUCCUGACGGUCUGCUGUUCGAUGACACCAACCCUAGCCAUGAACAAUGUGAUACGUCCGUUAAUGUGGAGUGUGGCGACAGAACUGAACUUCAGGAGCCGAAGCCCUCCCCAGGGUGUCCAAGGGCCAACGGCUUCUUCCGCCACCCCGACCCAGAGGUCUGUGACAAGUUUGUAAACUGCCAAGAUGGAGUCAUGACUGUCAACCCAUGCCCUCCAGGACUUGUGUAUGACGACACCGUCAGUACGUGCGCCUGGCCUUCAGAGUCCAUCAGGAAGGACUGCAACCCAGCCCAGUCUAAGAGAGAUAGUCUGGACGAUGGCUUCAAGUGUCCCGAGGGAGAAGUGUCAGGGCCCAACGGCCGCAUCCUACCUCAUCCUACCUUUCCUCACCCAGAGGACUGCCAGAAGUUCUACAUCUGCCGUAACGGAGUCCAAGCCCAGCACGGCAGCUGUCCUGGAGGUCUGGUCUACAACGAAGACUCCUUCAAGUGUGACGACCCUGAGAAUGUACCUGGAUGUGAAAACUGGUUUGCUGAAGACGAAAAGAACAACAAGAAAUCCAACAGAAGAAGAUAGUGAGAAGAUGCAAGAAAAGUUGUUUAAAGGUUUCCAGUAUUUUGAGAGACAAAUUUUAAAUCAGAGAAGUGGUGGUUUAUGAAAUCAAAACAAAUCAUUAAAAAUAUAAACAUGAAGCACAUUAUGCCAUAAGUUUCAAAACACAACUUGGUACUUAAAAUAUUCUUUGUUAGUGAAUUCAGAUUGUUGUAAAUUUUGUAUAAAUCAGUGAUUUACAUGUGUAGGUAAGAUGUUGAUAUGAGGUUCUGCAAUAAGACUUAGUUAAUAUUUAUUUUAAUACUUUUGUAAAUAAAAUUUAA